GGUUCAGACAUCUUCACGCUUGCUCUAUGCAUCCAGGAGACGUUCUAACAUGUCUACGAAGGCAGAGCAGUUUGGCUCUAAGAUUCGAUACUUGCAAGAGUAUCACAACCGUGUGCUUCACAAUAUUUACCCAGUGCCAUCAGGAACAGACAUUGCAAACACUCUGAAAUACUUUUCCCAGACCCUGCUCAGCAUCCUGUCCCGUACAGGCAGAAAGGAGAGCCAGGAAGCUUCCAAUUUGGCCGUGCCCAUGACCAUGUGUCUUUUUCCUGUGCCAUUCCCACUCACCCCAUCUCUAAGACCACAAGUCAGUUCCAUCAACCCUACAGUUACUCGAUCCCUCCUUUACAGCGUUCUGCGGGACGCCCCGGCCGACCGGGGUGGUGCCACCCAGCAGAGUCGGGAGGUUCAGAUCUCAGAUUACCCCUCACUGGACUAUCAGGGGCUCUAUGCCACCCUCGUCACCUUGCUUGACCUGGUGCCCCUGCUGCAGCACGGUCAGCACGAUCUGGGACAGGCCAUAUUUUACACCACAACAUGCCUUCUGCCUUUCCUUAGUGAUGAUAUUCUCAGCACUUUACCCUACACCAUGAUCUCCACUUUAGCCACCUUCCCUCCUUUCCUGCAUAAAGACAUCAUAGAAUACCUGAGCACGUCCUUCCUGCCCAUGGCCAUUUUGGGUUCGACUCGAAGAGAGGGUGGCAUUCCAGCAUAUGUCAAUCUGUCUGCCUCGUCCAUGCUGAUGGUCACCAUGCAGUACACUUCAAAUCCAGUAUACCACUGUCAGCUUUUGGAGUGUCUCAUGAAAUACAAGCAGGAGGUGUGGAAGGAUCUUCUGUAUGUCAUAUCCUAUGGCCCAUCCCAAGUCAAACCUCCAGCUGUUCAAAUGCUCUUCCAUUACUGGCCCAACCUGAAGCCUCCCGGUGCCAUCAGUGAGUACAGAGGCCUGCAGUACACAGCCUGGAACCCCAUUCACUGCCAACACCUCGAGUGUCAGAACUCUAUUAAUAAGCCAGCGGUGAAGAUGUGCAUUGAUCCAACACUCUCGGUCGCGCUGGGUGACAAACCUCCACCGUUAUACAUCUGUGAGGAGUGCAGCCAGAGGAUCGCUGGCGAUCAUGCUGAGUGGCUCGUUGAUGUGCUUUUACCACAAGCUGAAAUUUCUGCUAUAUGUCAGAAGAAGAACUGCAGCUCUCACGUCAGGCGCGCCAUCGUCACCUGCUUCUCAGCGGGAUGCUGCGGUCGCCACGGCAACCGGCCUGUGCGCUACUGCAAGCGUUGUCAUGUCAACCACCACAGCAGCGAGGUGGGGGCGUCAGCGGAGACGCAUCUGUACCAGACGUCUCCUCCGCCCAUCAACACGCGCGAGUGCGCCGCGGAGGAGCUGGUGUGCACCGUGGAGGCGGUGAUCAGUCUGCUGAAAGAGGCUGAGAUCCACGCGGAGCUGCGGGAGUUUGAGCUGAACCGCCGCCGUCAGAUGGGUCUGUCUUCAUCCCAUCAUUCCCUGGACAACAUGGAGUUUGACAACAAAGAGGACGACCAGCACGACCAGAGACUGCUCAGUCAGUUCGGCAUCUGGUUCCUGGUGAGUCUGUGCACGCCGAGCGAGAACACGCCGACCGAGAGUCUGGCGCGGCUGGUCAGCAUGGUGUUCCAGUGGUUCCACUCCACCGCCUACAUGAUGGACGACGAGGUGGGCAGCCUGGUGGAGAAGCUCAAGCCUCAGUUCGUCACCAAGUGGCUGAAGACGGUGUGUGACGUGCGCUUCGACGUCAUGGUCAUGUGCCUUCUGCCCAAACCGGUGGAGUUCGCCAGGGUGGGCGCUUACUGGGAUAAGUCGUGCAGCACGGUGACGCAGCUGAAGGAAGGACUGAACCGCAUCCUGUGUUUGAUCCCCUAUAACGUGAUCAGUCAGCCGCUGUGGGAGUGUUUCAUGCCCGAGUGGCUGGAGGCGAUUCGCACUGAAGUUCCUGACCAUCAGCUCAGGGAGUUUCGUGAGGUCCUCAGUAAGAUGUUUGACAUUGAGUUGUGUCCGCUGCCCUUUUCCAUGGAGGAGAUGUUUGGAUUCAUCAGCUGUAGAUUCAGUGGAUAUCCAGCAUCAGUGCAGGAGCAAGCGCUGCUGUGGCUUCACGUGAGCGCACACACACACACACAGAGCUCCAUCAACAGCGUGCUGCAGGCUCCGUGGGGUGGCUCGCACACCUGUCAGAAGGACGAGAAGGCUCUGGAGUGCAGUCUGUGUCAGUCCAGUAUCCUGUGCUACCAUCUGGCCUGUGAUCUGCUGCAGAGACUGACGCCGCGCGAGGAGACACGACUGGUGGGAUGUGUACUCAGUCCUCUCUUGUACUAUCUUAAAUCAGAGAAUGGAGCAGAUAAAGCAGACGCUCCGUCAGAAAACCCCGGCAGCCACAACCCCUCUCCUGAGAUCCCGCCAUUAAAGAAUAGUGCAGACAGGAAGUUCUCGUACCUACAGCUUCCUGUUUCUCUCAAGCUUCUGUACACCAUUCUGCAGGAGAUGAGUAAGUUUGAGGAGCCAGACAUCCUCUUCAACAUGCUCAGCUGUCUGAAGAUCCUGUGUUUGCACGGAGAAUGCCUGUAUCAUGCCAGGAAAGAUCAGCCUCAGUUCCUGGCCUACAUACAGGAGAAGAUGCUCAUUCCCAGCCUGUGGUCCAUGCUGAGGUCAGAGUUCUGUCAGCUGGCGUCUCUGGCUGUGUUGCAGCUCCUGCAUGCGCUCGCUCUGUCCCACGGUGCAGAUAUCUUCUGGAGGCUGGUCGACAGCAGCUUCAACAGUCAGGACUGGAAGAUUCGCUUCGAAGCAGUGGAGCGCGUGGCUGUCCUGUGCCGGUUUCUGGACAUGGGCUCGGUCACUAAGAGCCACGUGCUGAAGUAUUCUCUGGCUCACGCUUUCUGCUGCUUCUUGGCCAGCAUCGAGGACGUGAACCCCGCCGUGGCCACCAGAGCGCGCCUGCUGCUGGACUCCAUCAAACGGCCCGCGCUGCAGGGCCUGUGUCUGUGCCUGGACUUCCAGUUUGACACGGUGGUCAGGGACCGGCCCGUCAUCCUGAGCAAACUGCUGCUGCUGCACUCGCUCCGACAGGAGAUCCCCGCUCUGAGCUGGGAGUUCUUCGUCAACCGCUUCGAGACGCUGUCGCUCGAGGCCCAGCUGCACCUCGACUGCAACAAAGAGUUUCCUUUUCCUACCACGAUCACAGCGGUGAGGACUAAUGUGGCCAACCUGAGCGAUGCGGCCAUGUGGAAGAUCAGACGUGCUCGCUUCGCCCGCAACCGUCAGAAGAGCGUCCGCUCGCUACGAGAAAGCGUCAAGGGUUCAUCCGGGUCCAAACGCACUUUCUCCCUCCCGGAGACACUGUGCAACAAACUGCCUCUCAGACUCAUAAGACAAGAGCAGUCGGCGCCCUCACUGGGAAACAUGCUAGAGAAAGUCCUGACAAGAGAGAGCUCUCCUCCAGAGGACGACUCCGUCAUUAAGGAUCUGCUGCCGGAGGACGCAGGCAUAGACCACCAGACCGUCCAUCAGCUCAUCAUGGUGCUCAUGAAGUUCAUGGCCAAAGACAAAAGCAGCGCAGAGGCAGACAUCGGCAGCGCCAAAGCCUUCAACACUGUCAAGCGGCAUCUCUACGUCCUGCUGGGAUACGAUCAGCAGAUGGGAUGCUUCAUGAUCACCCCUCAGAAAAUGCGCUCCUCCACCUGCUUCAACGCCUUCAUCGCAGGAAUCGCUCAGGUGAUGGACUAUAACAUCGGUCUGGGCAAACAUCUGCUGCCGCUGGUGGUGCAGGUACUGAAGUACUGCACGUGUCCGCAGCUGAGGCCCAACUUCCAGGAGCCGCCACGCUGCUCGCUCUGGGCCCUCAAACCUCACACUAGACAGAUGUGGCUUAGAGCCCUCCUCGUCAUCCUCUACAAGUAUCCAUACAGAGAGAUGGACAUGAGUAAAGAGGUGGUGCUCCAUCUGAUCCACAUCACCAUCAACACGCUGAACGCUCAGUACCACAGCUGCAGGUCGCACGUGUCCGCAGGCCCGCUGUACAGCGACAACUCCAACAUCAGCCGCUACAGCGAGAAGGAGAAAGAGGAGGACAGCGUAUUUGACGAGUCGGACAUCCACGAUACUCCGACGGGAGCGAGCAGUAAAGAGUCGCAGACCUUCUUCGCCCGUCUGAAGAGGAUUGGUGGCAGCAAGUCGGUCAAGUAUCAGCCUGUGGAGCUCAACACUCAGAGAAGUGAGAUCGAGCUGGCCGAAUAUAAGGAAGGCGGCGUGCUGCAGGACACGCUGCUGUACUCGGGCCGAGAGGACAGCAACAGCAAGAAGAAGAGGCUGCAAGCCAUGCACAAGCAGAAGUCUCUGGACAUCAGCAACACCGACUCCAUCCUCUUCAACCUGGACGAGCACAGACGCAAGUCUUGCAUCGACCGCUGCGACCUGCAGGGACCGCCGGCCCUACAGCCCUCAUCCUCCUCCUCUAUCGGCCGACAGCAGCACAGAGCUCAGCACCACGGGAAACACUCCUCCAACGGCCACUCCGUCACCGACCGAAGAGGCUCCGCCGCUCAGAACGACAGCAUCCGGCCCAUCAUACCCGAGGUGCGUCUCAGCUGUAUGGAGACGUUUGAAGAUAAACCCGUCGGUCUGGACUCACCGCUGGCCGCCCCUGCGCUUGACAAGGACGAUCCAGAUCUCAUAGACCUGUCCUCCGACUGCACCUCCAUCCCUGAGAAGCACUCCAUUCUCUCGCUCUCUGACAGCGACUCACUGGUGUUCGAGCCGCUGCCUCCUCUGCGCAUUGUGGAAAGCAACGAGGACCUGUUUGAGGCACUCAAACUCCCUGGUGGAGUGCUAAGCAAAUCUGAGGAUCCGUCAGUGGCCUCCAUCAGCAUCACAGCACACUCUACUCCGGUCGUGCAGGUCAGCAUAGAGGACUGCACUAAGAACAAGAAGCUUGAGCCUCCUGCGGUCUCUUUGCCGGUGUCUCUGGAGCUCCCAGACUCCGCGGCUCCUCAGGAAGCCACCAUGACCCUGAAACAGAAACGGGAUCUCUUCAGAAAGACCUCGCACAUGCCCAAUGCAUCCCUGGAUGAUUCCUGCAUGCAGCCCAAGGAUAGCGGCGGAACGAGCCCCUCCAGCAGGUCCGUCGUGCUCCAGAUUCCUGCGGACGAGCUCGAGUCGCUGGAUCCGUUGAACGGGGAAGGAGCAGGAGACGAGGACAACGACGAGACGGAUGAGAGAGACAGCGACCCCAAACCUGAUGAUGAGAGCGAUGAAGCUGAAUUCAAGAUCCAGAUUGUGCCACGCCAGCGCAAAGAGAGGAAGAUCGCCGUCAGCGCCAUCCAGAGGGAGUAUCUGGACAUCUCGUUCAGCACUAUAGACAAAAUGAAAGAACCGGCCACAGAGUCAGAGGCCAAAUCUCUGUCGAGCCUGGAGAAGCCCAGAGAAUCUGCCUCAGCUCCGGCCCUGGAGGCCACCAUCCCUGAAACCAGCCAUCGCUCCUCAGUGUCCACUCUGUAUCGUCAGGUGAAGCGAGGCUCGCUGGGUGCAGUGACGAUGAGUCAGUUAAUGAAGCGGCAGCUGGAGCAUCAGUCCAGCACACCACAGAACAUCAACACCUGGGACACGGAUGGAAGCUUCCUGAGGACGCUGGCCACGUCUCUGAUUGAUUUCAAUGAGCUGAGCUCGGUGGCAGCGCUCAGUCAGCUCCUGGAGGUACGUCUGUUCAUCAGCCGCACUACUGACACACCUGUCUCUGAAACAAGCGGGUCAGGUGUAGCCAAGCAGUUCCUCCGCUGCGUUCUCCAUCAGCUCGCACCCAACGGCAUCCUACCACAACUCUUCCAGAGCAACAUUAAAGAUGGAAGCUUCCUGAGGACGCUGGCCACGUCUCUGAUUGAUUUCAAUGAGCUGAGCUCGGUGGCAGCGCUCAGUCAGCUCCUGGAGGGUCUGAACAAUAAGAAGACUCUGCCAGCAGGAGGCACUAUUCUGCACUGUCUGGACAACAUCGCCACCUUCAUGGAGACGCUUCCCAUGGACUCACCCAGCAACCUGUGGACAACCAUCUCGAACCAGUUCCACACAUUUCUAACCAAACUACCUGCUGUUCUGCCGCUCAAGUGUCCGCUGGACUCGAGUCUGAGAAUUAUCAUUUGCUUGCUGAAAAUUCCUGUAACAAAUGCAACAAGAAGUCUGCUGGAGCCCUUCUCCAAACUCCUGAGUUUCGUUCUCCAGUACGGUGUGUUCAGUCUCUCGUAUCUCGUAGAGCUCUGCGGUUUAUGCUACAAAACCUUCAGCAAGGAGAGGGACAAGUUCUACAUGUCUCGUGUGGUUGUUCUGGAGUUGCUUCAGGCUCUGAAGUUCAAGUCAUCGAUUCCUGAUACGAACCUGCUGCUGCUGGUGCAGUUUGUGUGCACAGACAUCGGGACCAGGCUGGCCGAGUCCACCAUCCUCCAGAAGCACAUGAUCUCCGCUCUGCCCGGGUGCACCACAGCAGCGAUGGAGUGCUUGCGGCAGUAUCUGAGCGAGCUGCUGGACUUCAUCGCAGACAUGCACACGCUGACCAAACUAAAGAGCCACAUGAAGGCGUGCUGUCAGCCGCUGCACGAGGACACGUUCGGCGGGAAUCUGAAGGUCGGUCUGGCUCAGAUAGCGGCGAUGGAGAUCAGCAAAGGCAACCACAGAGACAACAAAGCGGUUAUUCGCUACCUGCCUUGGCUUUACCAUCCGCCUUCUGCUAUGCAACAAGGACCCAAAGAGUUCAUCGAGUGCGUGUCACACAUUCGCCAGCUGUCUUGGCUGCUGCUGGGGUCUCUUACCCACAGUGCUUUGCAUCAGGGCUCCUCGUGCUGUAUGCCCAUUCCACUGGAUGCUGGAUCUCAUAUCGCAGACCAUCUGAUUGUCAUCCUGAUAGGAUUCCCAGAGCAGUCCAAGACGUCAGUGCUGCACAUGUGUUCGCUGUUCCACGCCUUCAUGUUCGCCCAGCUGUGGACCAUCUACUGCGAGCAGGCCACGGCCAACCCGACCAAUCAGAACCAGAACGAGUUCUCCUCGUGCGCCAUCCUCACGGGCCUGGAGUUCUGGAGCCGCGUGACUCCCAGCAUCCUCCAGCUCAUGGCCCACAACAAAGUGAUGGUAGAGAUGGUCUGCUUGCAUGUCAUCAGUCUAAUGGAGGCCUUGCAGGAGUGUAACUCCACCAUCUUUGUAAAACUGAUUCCCAUGUGGCUGCCCAUGAUUCAGUCGAACUUAAAUCAUCUGUCCGCGGGUCUCCAGCUGCGUCUUCAAGCCAUUCAGAACCGGGUGAACCACCAGUGUCUCCAGAAUCCUGGAUCCGGAUCAUUUCCUCUCACUCUGCGCAAGUGGCUUCAGUGCACUCAGUUUAAAAUGGCCCAGGUGGAGAUCCAGUCAUCUGAGGCGGCGUCCCAGUUUUACCCCAUGUGAUCUUUAAAGCAGCGAGCUGU